UACAGUAAAGGAGCGACUGAGCCGAGGCAUCCCAACCUUGGAGCUCGCUUUCUGCUACGGCUGGAGAAGUGGGCUCGCCGGCUCCACUCGGGCCAGGCGCGCGGAGAGGGGCCGGCCGUCGCGGAAAACCAGCGCCCCCAAGCCACUGCGGACCCCUGCUGCCAAGAACCCUGCCAGUCUCGCCUACCUGCCCAGCCCGCCUCACCAGAUCCUCCAGCAGAGGGCAGGGAUGGAGAGGCCUGGGGGCUCCCGCCUUCGCAGCUGCUUAGCUGUGCUCUCCCUCCUCCCCUCCCUGAGCCUGGCACAGUACGAGAUGUGGCCCCACUACCCCGAGUACUUCCAGCAGCCCGCACCCGAGUACCAGCGGCCCCAGGCGCCCUCAGACGUCGUCAAGAUUCAGGUGCGCCUGGCUGGGCAGAAGAGGAAGCACAGCGAGGGGCGGGUGGAGGUAUACUACAGCGGGCAGUGGGGCACCGUGUGCGACGACGACUUCUCCAUCCACGCCGCCCACGUCGUCUGCCGGGAGCUGGGCUACGUGGAGGCCAAGUCCUGGACCGCCAGCUCCUCCUAUGGCAAGGGGGAAGGACCCAUCUGGCUGGACAAUGUCCACUGCACUGGCAAAGAGGCCACGCUCGCAGCCUGCUCCUCCAAUGGCUGGGGUGUCACCGACUGCAAGCACACGGAGGAUGUGGGCGUGGUCUGCAGCGACAAAAGGAUUCCUGGGUUCAAAUUUGACAACUCACUCAUCAACCAAAUAGAGAACCUGAACAUCCAGGUAGAGGACAUUCGGAUCCGAGCCAUCCUGUCCACCUUCCGCAAGCGCACCCCGGUGACAGAGGGCUACGUGGAGGUGAAGGACGGCAAGGCCUGGAAGCAGAUCUGUGACGAGCACUGGACGGCCAAGAAUUCCCGCGUGGUCUGCGGCAUGUUUGGCUUCCCUGGGGAAAAGACCUACAACACCAAAGUGUACAAGUUGUUUGCCGCCCGGAAGAAGCAGCGCUACUGGCCGUUCUCUAUGAACUGCUCGGGCACGGAGGCCCACAUCUCCAGCUGCAAGCUGGGCCCUCAGGUGUCGCUGAACCCAGUGAAAAAUGUCACCUGUGAGAAUGGGCUGCCGGCUGUGGUGAGUUGUGUGCCUGGCCAGGUCUUCAGCCCUGAUGGACCCUCAAGAUUCCGGAAAGCCUAUAAGCCUGAGCAACCCCUGGUGCGGUUGAGAGGUGGUGCCAACUUCGGGGAGGGCCGUGUGGAGGUGCUCAAGAACGGAGAAUGGGGAACCAUCUGUGACGACAAGUGGGACCUGGUGUCUGCCAGCGUGGCCUGCAGAGAGUUGGGUUUCGGGAGUGCCAAAGAGGCCAUCACUGGCUCCCGCCUGGGGCAAGGGAUAGGACCCAUCCACCUCAACGAAAUUGAAUGCACUGGAAAUGAGAAGUCCCUCAUAGACUGCAAAUUCAAUGCCGAGUCUCAGGGCUGUAACCACGAGGAAGAUGCUGGUGUGAGGUGUAACAUCCCUAUCAUGGGCUUCCAGAGAAAGCUGCGCCUGAACGGGGGCCGGAACCCCUACGAGGGCAGGGUGGAGGUGCUGGCAGAGAGGAACGGGUCUCUCGUAUGGGGGACAGUGUGUGGUGAGAACUGGGGCAUUGUGGAGGCCAUGGUGGUCUGCCGGCAGCUGGGCCUGGGGUUCGCCAGCAAUGCAUUCCAGGAGACCUGGUACUGGCAGGGAAACAUCUACGCCAACAAAGUGGUCAUGAGCGGCGUGAAGUGCUCAGGCACGGAGCUGUCCCUGGCCCACUGCCGGCGUGACGAGGACGUGGCCUGCCCCCAGGGCGGGGUGCAGUACGGCGCUGGAGUGGCCUGCUCAGAAACUGCUCCUGACCUGGUCCUCAACGCAGAGAUCGUCCAGCAGAGCACCUACCUAGAGGACCGGCCCAUGUUCAUGCUCCAGUGUGCCAUGGAGGAGAACUGCCUCUCCGCCUCGGCCGCCCAAGCCAGCCCCACCACCGGCUACCGCAGGCUCCUCCGGUUCUCCUCCCAGAUCCACAACAACGGCCAGUCGGACUUCCGGCCCAAGAACGGUCGCCAUGCGUGGAUCUGGCAUGACUGCCACAGGCACUACCACAGCAUGGAAGUGUUCACCCACUAUGACCUGCUGAGCCUCAAUGGCACCAAGGUAGCAGAGGGCCACAAAGCCAGCUUCUGCUUGGAGGACACAGAAUGUGAAGGAGACAUCCAGAAGAGUUACGAGUGUGCCAACUUCGGGGAGCAGGGCAUCACCAUGGGCUGCUGGGACGUGUAUCGCCAUGACAUCGACUGCCAGUGGGUGGACAUCACUGAUGUGCCGCCUGGAGACUACGUGUUCCAGGUUAUCAUUAACCCCAACUAUGAGGUCGCCGAGUCCGACUACACCAACAACAUCAUGAAGUGCAGGACCCGCUAUGACGGCCACCGCAUCUGGAUGUACAACUGCCACAUAGGUGGGUCCUUCAGUGAAGAGACCGAAAAGAAGUUCGAACACUACAGUGGACUCACAAAUAACCAGCUGUCUCCGUGGUAAAGAAGUCGACACGGUCACCUGCUUCAGACCACCGAGCAAGUGCCUCCCCCAGCAAGUGCAGUCUGCCCGAUGCCACGCCGGCCCUGCCCAGCCCAGGUCUGCCCCUUCUCCACCCACGCAGCCUCACCCAAGCUCGGAGGAAGCCUGUUCUGGACAUUUCCUGGGGGUGGCUGCCUUGCAUGUG